CGUCAACCGAGAAAACGAAACUUAAUUCGGUCAGGCGGAAUCGAGCUACGAAGAACACGGGGCAGUACAGUUGUGAUGAAAACUGAAAUAUUUUAGCUAAUAGCUAAUAUCCUGAAUGUUGCACUUUGAAAUGACAUUCCGACUGUAGGGAUAUGCAUAAUGGACGUAGCUAAGCUAAACGAGUAUGCUCAGAGGGAGCGGUUGUCGCUGAGGUAUGAGGACGUUGGAUCUGUUGGCCCGGAUCACAUUAAAACGUUUACAGUCAGAGCAUUCGUGAAUGGUAAUGUGUAUCCUGAUGGUGUGGGAAAUAACAAGAAGGAAGCCAAACAAAACGCAGCUACACAUGCCCUGAGGUGCUUGUUGGAGAAAACACCUGACCGUACCGAGAAGGUAGCUGAAGCUUCUUCUGCACCAGUUCUACAAACAAGUUUCACUCAGCCCAAAUAUACAAGUUGGCUAAAUGAAUAUGGUCAAAAGAAACGGCUUAGUAUAAGGGCAUCGGAGUCAACAAGACUGGGACAAAAUAAUGCUGUUCCAUGCUGUUGCUUCAUUGUUGGUGAUAAAGAGUAUCCAGCUGCCACUGGGAGAACGAAAAAAGAAGCUAAAGAGGAAGCAGCCAAGCUUGCAUAUAAUGAGAUAUGUGGCAGUAAAACUACGGAGGCAUCUUUGUGCUCAGCUGCGUCUGAUGACGGGGCGCUUGCCAGGGUGUCCACGCCACCGAGCCCACCGGAGUUCCUUAAUCCCAAACCUAAAAGUCUGCCCAAGACUUCAACUGACUCAGCUGUUUUCUCAAAUUUAUCCAAUCUUCCUGAGGACAAGAUUCAAAGUCCAGACGUGAAGCCAAAAAUAAGAAUUGCAGCAAAUUUCAAAAAUGUCCCCAGAAGCAGCAAAGAUGAUGUGAUCAAUUUCAAUGACAAGAAGACAGGAAGUAGUCCAAUUAAGGAAACUACAAAGCAGUCAGUGAAUUCAAGGUUCACAUCUGAAUUUGACUCCAUUGUGCGCCUCGGCAGCGGAAGCUUCGGUCGUGUUUAUAAGGCACAACAAAAACUGCUAAAGAAGGAUUAUGCUAUAAAGAUUGUCCCUUGCAAAGAGAUCAAAAAAGUUCUACGAGAAGUGACAGCAUUGUCAGACCUCCAUCACAGCAACAUCGUGCGAUACUACACCUGUUGGUUGGAGGAUUCAGGAUACCAAUGGGACAGCAAAGAUGACAGUGGCAGUUCCUCACAGUCAACCGGUAAUUCGUCGGUUAAGUUCUUUUAUAUUCAGAUGGAGUUGUGUGAAACUACACUCAGAGUGUGGAUAGACCAGAAGAAUGUUCAGAAUGUGAAGAAAUCGCUGCGAGACUCCAAGAGAAGAGAAGAGGGUCUAGCUAUUGCUCAGCAAAUAGUCAGCGGAGUCGAGUACAUUCACUCCAAGAUGCUCAUACACAGGGACCUGAAGCCUGCCAACAUCAUGUUUAGGCAAGAUAGAGAAGUGAAGAUCGGAGACUUUGGUCUGGUCACGGAUGAGAAUGACGACGAUGCUGACAACCUGAGGGAGAGAACGGUGUACAAAGGAACCCCGGGAUACAUGGCUCCAGAGCAGAAAAACAGGCGCACGAGUUAUGAUCGAAAAGUGGACAUAUUUGCUUUGGGGUUGAUCUUUUUUGAAGUCUUUUGGAAGAUCUUACUUGAUGAAAGGAAACCGAUUUGGGAUGAUGCCAGAGACCAGAUGUUACCUCAAGGGUUUCAACAACAUUUUCCACUGGAGUGCAAAAUCAUCAUGUCAAUGCUGUGCGAGAAGCCCCAACACCGACCCGAAGCAAGUAAACUAAAGACAGACGUUGAAGAGUGCACUCGUAGAUUUACAUGUCUUAAAGACAUGUGCCUCAACAGUCAGACUUUUUGAUUAUUACAAGAAAAUCAUUAAACAACAGGCAUAAGCAUCAGUCGUCACAUGCAUGACUAUUCAGCAUCAUAUUCCAUAACACUGAGAGUUUUUAUUUCCUAAAAGGGGUAUCUGUUUAAAUGACUGAUGUUUUCAUGAACUAAUAUGACACAUUUUUCAUAAUUAUGUAUCAUUGAUUGGGAAUGGCACACAGAAAUGGGUCAUUCUGUGUGAAAUCUACCAAAGUGCAAUACAUUUACUUGAGAAAAACAAUUAGCUCUGUAUUUUAAUUGAUUUAUUCUGCUCUGUUUUCUAAAAGAACAAGUUAUCUCACAAUCCUAAGAGAAGCUCUCCUUUUCUUCAUGGCUCUUUUUCAUGAGAGAAAACAUGUCCUGUUUGUUAGGUUUAAUACAGUUUAUUUUGUGUUUGGUAUGUUACAUAUGGAGAUACACUUGUCUCUAAGUAAUAUAGAAGAUAUUGUUGUAAAAAUGUUGUAGAGUUUCUUCAGGAUCAGUUGAACUGAUGAGUCUUGCUUAAGACGAUGCAUCUGAAAAACAUUUGGGUUGACUGGGAGGGGAAUUAGUAGAUAGCAGUCAGGCAGUUGCGCCUUUGUUAAUCUCAAGUCUUCUAUAGGUUUCUCAGUGCUGGAAUAAACUUACCAGGCAUGUUUGCUUCCAUGAUAUCGGACUAUCAAGUUAACAAGAGCUUCUCCUAGGAUUUAAAGGCAUCUGGUUAAUUUCGAAUAAUGGAGCAGAGUUGUUUUUUCAAAACUUUUCAAUUUUUCUCCAGUGAGUGCAUUAUGACGAAUCAGACAAAGGUUUUGUUUACAUUUUAAAUGUUGCUCAAACAUUAAAUAUGUAUGCCCCAGAUUUGUUAAAAGCAGGCGGGAAGUCGAAGUUCAGUUCAGACUGGCAAACAAAGAGAUGUAUUUUUUAGGGCUGCCCUGUGCACUUGUACUGUAAAGGUACAGAUAAAUACUAGAGGCAAUACACACAUACCCCCAUAGAGACAACCCAUAGUGGCCAUUUUCAGACAUGGUUGUGCUGUGGAGGGGAUUUUGAUGCACAUCUAUUUGCACUUUACGGCUUCUACAGAACAACUUAUCCAACAGACCUCGCGCGCUGCACUCUAAUCCCUCUGGUCCACAACAAUACAUGGCAACCAUGAAGUGGAUCGGUCCUCACAUAUAUACACCGAGGCGUCUGUCAUUAUAGUAGCAUAUUAUGCCAUUUGAGACAAAAAAAAGCAUUGUUUGUUUUUUGGCCCCUGGGUCUUCAGUCAUAUUCCUACCAAAAACCACAUCUUACUGUAGACGGGUGGACCUAUUUGGUCUUAAAUACCUUCAAAUAAACCUUGGCAUAACUCGUAAAACCUUAAAUGUGGUAGAGGCAUAAAAAAGACUAUACACACUGGAUCAAAAUGAUGAAAGUGAACAAGCAGAUGUCAUACAUUUCAUUACCGGCCCUUGAAAUUGGAAAAAAGCCAAAUAUGUGGAUUUAGGUCCACAGGCAGUAUGCACCCCCAAAGUAUAUACAUAUGGACAUCUCUAUAUUUCCUGCUAAAAACAAAGUGUUGGAUUAAUGUUGUGACACAUUUCAAGGGCUCUAACAUCAUCAGAAUGUUGAGAUGUGGCAAGAUUGGUAAUGUGGAUUCAUUGCUAGAACCUUGAAAAUGUGUGUGAAAAGGGGUCUUUAUGUGGGUAUUUUGUGCUUUCAGUAACAAGUUCCUUCCAUGUAGUCUACAUGUUAAAAUUGAGCAAACAGAGGCUUUAAGCACAAUCAACUACCUGGCAUACCAUCGAGGUCCCAGUGAACUUUUUUCAGUGCUAAGUGAACUGUAUUGAGUUGUUGUGUUAGCUGCAUGUGUUGAAAUCUUUACAUGUUACAUGCUCCAUGGAAGUGGCUUUUGAGCGCUUCUUUUAUGCAAAUAUGUGUAUUGAGAUACAUUUUGAGAGUAUUUCUUACUUGUAGGUUGGAUUAAUCUCACCCUAACUUGCAAAAUAUAGGUCUAUAGAUGGUUUAUAGAUGCCGCAUCUUGUUAAAUUUAAACGUGAAGACAACAUGUAAGGAACUUGAAACUUUACACACAGAAUGCACUUAUAGGCCCUUUUUUCACCAUUUAGGCCCUGUCCACACAGAGACGAAAACGAACCGAGGUCGAUAUCAAAAAAUUCUUCCGUCCACACGGAAUCAGCACAAGAAACGUGUCCGCCCACACGAGACCGCUCGACCAGCUGGAGACGCUGUAGUACAUAUGCCGGGCCUGUCAGUGGCGCUGUACUUCCGCCACAAAAUACACUAAAAGCAGCAAAUAAGACCCCUCCUGCAUGGUUGCCUGGUUGCCCUUUUGGUUAUUCUCCGCAGUGGAUUUAGCAGCUAGGAGAACUACAUUUUAGCAACAUGUAGUUCAUGUAGUUCUCCAUGUCCACUUGUUGCUGAUGGUUGUGGUAGAGGAGCUGUAGAUUUUGCACUAACAUCUGUAGCAUGGUCAGUAGCGUCUGGAGCACGAACGCAACCCUGUGAUCCGCCAUUGUUGUUGGUGAAACGCAUCAACAAUGACGGGGGUGAGCAGGAGAGGCGGGGCUAUGACAGUUUAGGGCGUACACACGGCGCCACAAGCGUUACGUUAACAGACCUUCCCACUUUGGGAUGCGUUAUCGUUUGAGGGCUCCGUUUCCGCGGUUCCGUUACGGCCUCGUGUGG